GGGGGCGCGCUCACGGCGCUGCCUGGGCUUCUGCCGUCGAGAGGCUCUGGAGGUGGCGGAAGCACCCAAACCGUCUAUGGAGCCGGCGGGGACCGCCGGGACCGGGACCGCCGGGACGGGGACCGCAGACCAGCGCGGCGCGCGCACGUCUCCGGGGCGCGCGCUUUGGCGUUGGGACCUGACGCUAUUCUGGCUGGCGGUAGCUUCCGGCUGGUCUCCGGCGUGGGGCGGAGGCGCCCGGCGCCACUGGCCUGUGCCUUACAAACGCUUUUCCUUCCGGCCGGAACCAGAUCCUUACUGUCAAGCAAAGUACACCUUCUGUCCCACUGGCUCACCCAUCCCACUUAUGAAGGGCAAUGACAUCAUUGAAGUCUUCCGACUACAGACUCCAGUUUGGGAAUUUAAGUAUGGAAAUCUCCUGGGACACUUGAAAAUUAUGCAUGAUGCCAUCGGAUUUAGGAAUACAUUAACUGGCAAGAACUACACAAUGGAAUGGUAUGAACUUUUCCAACUUGGCAACUGUACAUUUCCUCACCUCCGACCUGAAAUGGAUGCCCCUUUCUGGUGUAAUCAAGGAGCUGCCUGCUUUUUUGAAGGAAUUGACGAUGUCCACUGGAAGGAAAAUGGGACAUUAGCCCUCAUAGCAACGAUAUCAGGAAAUACAUUUAACAAGAUGGCAAAGUGGGUGAAAGAGGACAAUGAAACGGGGAUUUAUUAUGAGACAUGGACUGUCCAAGCUAGCCCAGGAAAAGGGGUGGAAACGUGGUUUGAAUCCUAUGACUGCUCGAAGUUUGUGUUAAGAACAUAUGAGAAGCUGGCUGAGCUUGGCGCAGAGUUCAAGAAGGCAGAAACCAACUAUACGAGAAUAUUUCUUUACAGUGGAGAACCUACUUACUUGGGAAAUGAAACAUCUAUUUUUGGGCCAGGAGGAAACAAGACUCUUGCUUCAGUCAUAAAAAGAUUCUAUUACCCGUUCAAACCACAUUUGUCAACUAAAGAAUUUCUCUGGAGUCUCUUGCAAAUUUUUGACUCAGUGGUGAUACACAGACAAUUCUACUUGUUUUAUAAUUUUGAAUAUUGGUUCUUACCUAUGAAAUUCCCUUUUAUUAAGAUAACAUAUGAAGAAAUCCCUUUACCUAAUACAUAAAAUUUUUUAAAAUCAAUUAAAAAAACACAAAAACUUAA